UGAAUUAUUUCCAGACGAAAAGGAAGGCCAGACGAAGAAGAAACAUCAUAGACCGAGGGAGAAGUGUGACCGAGUUCAGACAGUCGCAUUUGCAUCGCGACGAUGGCUUCAGAGCAUGUCGACCCACCAGGACCAUCCGAGUCCAGAAAGCCCAGCAGCCCUCCUCUCCUUGGGAUAGACGGCAGCACCCUUGGUUCGGCAGUCGCAGACAUCUUACCGAUCCCAUCAACAGGCACGCAACCCGUCUCUGACCCAACCCAGGAGGAAGUGUCACACACGCUCGCCGAGGAUCCAUCUCUGUCGCACGCCCUGGCCACAGAGGAUCAUGAAGUGAAAGGCCUGGCGCAGCAGGACCACGAGGCUGAGGUCCUCGACCUAGGAUGGAACCAGAAGAAGCAGGAGAUUCCAACACCACUGGUGGGUGGGCUGGACAAUGAGGAAUUAUGGAUGCUCAUCAGACGGUUUGAUAAGCAAAUGUACCAUGUCAAAGCCACCCCAGAGCUCGUCCCUGGCGGUCUGGAUCUCAACAUCGCCGACGAGGAGGAGUUCUCGCCCGACAAACUGCGAGCCAACAUCGAGAGGCUGUACAUGACAGUGGCCGUCGGGCUGCUGUCCUUUGUCAAACACAUCGCACGGCUGCGGUCCUGGCGCGAGACCAGAAGGACAUCCGCCUUUGCUGCCACAUAUUUCCUCGCCUGGGCCCUGGACCUUCUCGUCCCGGUUCUCUCGCUGACAGCCAUCACGCUGGUCGUUUAUCCCCCGUCUCGAGAGAUCAUGUUCCCUCCAGCACCGGUGGCCCUUGUGGAUUCCAAAACUGGCGGCGUACAGAAGCCCAGGGCCGGCGUGUUGGGUUCCCACGACAGCGCGACUGGUGCACCGGAGCACCACAAGGGCGAGGCCGUGGAGCAGGAAGCCAACAACUUUGUCAACGGGAUUGCAUCGAUCGCUCUCAGCAGCGCCACAGGAAAACACCCGGAAAACCCAACAGCAGUGGCCAUCGGUGCCGCAGACGCAAAGGACGUGGCCAAAGGUGGAAAGCAUGCCAAGCACGACAAGACCAAGCAGCCCAUGGAGACGGCCAUGUGGACCAAGAUGAGGCCCAUCAUGCACGCCCUGGCCGACGUGGCCGACACGUGGGAGAGGUUCGGCAACGCGCUGAGCCCUACGCCUCCCUUUCCAAGAACAGUGUACCGCCUACGUCUCGCCCUCCUCCUCGUCCCUGUCUUCUGUAUGUCCCUCGUCACCACGUCCUACAUGGUCACCAAGGGCACCACCUUCGGCAUCGGCUUCGGCUUCUUCGGCGACCCUGUCAUCUCCCGCGGCCUGGCCCUCCUCAACCGCCAGUUCCCCCACUGGCAGAAACUCCUCGAGCUCCGCAACACCGUCCUUAAAGGCGUGCCCACCAACGCCCAGCUCACCCUCACGCUCCUCCGCAUCGGCGAGGCCAACAAGGCCCCGCUCCCACCCCCGCCCACCAUCGCCGCGCCGCCGCCUGACCAGCCUGCCGAGAUCACGGACGAGCACCUGCGCGCCACGGGUGCGGAGCCGCCUCUGAACGCCACCCACGAGGAGCUCGAGGAGGCGGUGCAGCAUGACCCCCACACGGCGCACGAGUCGGGCGGCGCCGACAUUGACGCGUCCAAGGAGAGCAAGCACGGCAAGGCAACCACCAAGAUCAUCGGCUUCUUCAAGGGCACCACCAAGGGCGCGGUCAAGACGGCCAUGGGCACCGAUGCCGCGCGUGCCAAGACCACGGGGUCCAGCAAGGCCAGGGACAGGCUGGGUGUAGUGGCGCCGCCGGGUGAAACCCCCAUCUCGGGCCCUGUGGACUUCAAGGGCCGGUUCAAGGGGAAGAAGGGCCAUGUGUACAUCACGACCAAGUCGACGAUCCCUGCGGUGGCCUUCAGCACGGACUCGACCAUUGAGAAGAUUGGCAGCCAGGAGCGCGAGGACCUGCACCCGAGCUGGAGCGUUGCCGUGGCGGAUAUUGUCGAGCUGAAGAAGUUUGGCGGGUAUGGGUGGAAGGCGAAGUUGAUUGUUGGCUGGGCGCUGGAGCGGGAGGUGGCGGAUGGGCUGGAGAUUGUUACUAGGAGUGGUGACAGUUUUAGGGUUACGGCGCUACCGCUGCGGGAUGAGCUGUUUAAUCGUUUGGUGGCCAUGGGUGGACAGAAGUGGGUGGCUUGGUAAGAGGAAUGAUGAUGAGGUGGUGGUGAGGAGGAGACGUCAACAAUAUUGAGGACACAAAGACUGUGACCGACUGGCUGUAACUGAUAUAUGUGUAAUCAUGUGAGAUGUUGAUGCAGUUUAUAGAGUGUAUGUACUUUGGACAAGAGAAUAUAAUGGCAGCGUUUGUACU